AAGCUUUUAACACGCCCCCAUUAUUCACCACUGCACGGUCACAUCACCAAAGCACCUCGCACUUUUUCUCUCUUCGACCUGGCGGUGAACCCGGAGCGGAUAGACGGACAAACAGGCAAAAACAUUCAAACCAAAUGUGGAGUGUGGGCUGUGGUUAAAGGCCUGCGUACAUGUAAAACUCCACGUGGAAGACAAAGUCAAAGGGGGGAGAAACAAAAGAAGAAGAAAAACAAGGAGAUUACCAAAGUGGGAACCUAUAAUACAAUAAUCAGGACUGUGGACUACAAUGAUAAUGAUAAUGAUUUUGAUCAUGUUGAUGAUUGUGAUGAUAAAGGCAGCGGCGGCAUCGGCACCUGGCCCGGGGAUGGACAUUAAACCUGGAGCUACAAAUGGCUUGGCCAAACGAACCCUGCACUUCUGCUACCAGCUGGGCUUCGGGGUCACAGAGAUCCCCUCCAACAUCUCCAGCGACACCCAAUGCCUGGAAGUUCAGCAGACUCAGAUCAAAGUGAUUCCCCAGGGCGCUCUCACCAGCCUGCAGCACCUCAGGAAACUCAUCAUAUCUAAGAACGACAUGCUGGAGAGUAUCACCGCGUCUGCCUUUGCCGGCCUGCCUCAGCUCACUGAAAUCUUCAUCUCUGAGAAUGUUGCGUUGGAGAGUAUAGGAGCUUCUGCUUUCUCUGAUCUCCCUGAACUCAUCGAGAUAACCAUAACAAAGGCAAAAAACCUGAGACACAUCCAUCAAGAUGCAUUCAGAAACAUCGUGAGGCUACGGUAUCUGACCAUCUCCAACACAGGACUGACAACGUUCCCAAACUUCUCCAAGAUCAACUCUUCGGCCCACAGCUUUCUUUUACACCUGCAGGAGAACAGCCACAUAAAGAGAGUCCCCGCCAAUGCCUUCAGAGGCCUCUGCACUCAAACUAUCGACGAGAUACGGCUCACCAGAAAUGGCAUCAAGGAGGUGGCAAGUGACGCCUUCAACGGCACAAAGAUGCACAGAUUGUUCCUAAGAGGCAACCAACAGCUUACUCACAUCAGUCCCAAUGCCUUUGUGGGUUCCAGUGAGUUGGUGGUACUGGACAUCUCCGAAACAGCCCUCAGCUCCCUGCCGGACUCCAUACUCGGUGGACUCCAGAAGCUGUUUGCGCAGUCCGCCUUCCACCUGAAAGAGCUUCCUCCUUUGCAGCUCUUCACCGAACUCCGCCAGGCCCACCUGACGUACCCGUCGCACUGCUGCCCCUUCCAAAACAUCAACAGGAACAGAUCCAGAUGGCACCCUUUCUGCUCCCACCCCGAGGCUGACCCUUACUUCCAGAGGGCCCACUGCUUCAACUUCACCUCCAUCACCUGCAGCCCAAUCCCAGAUGCCUUUAACCCCUGUGAGGACAUCAUGUCGGCCGUCCCCCUACGGGUCCUCAUCUGGAUCAUCUCUGUCCUCGCGCUGCUGGGUAACACGGCGGUACUUCUGGUGUUGUUCGGCAGCCGCUCCAAACUGACUGUUCCUCGUUUCCUGAUGUGCCACUUGGCCUUUUCUGACCUCUGCAUGGGCAUCUACCUGGUAGUCAUAGCAACUGUGGACAUGUUCACUCGUGGCCAGUACCACAACCACGCCAUAGACUGGCAGAUGGGCCUGGGCUGUAAUGCUGCAGGCUUCUUCACGGUGUUUGCCAGUGAGCUGUCGGUGUUCACAUUAACAGCGAUCACACUGGAGCGCUGGCACACCAUCACAAUUGCUCUGCGGCUCGACCGCAAACUUCGCCUGAGACACGCGUGCAUUGUCAUGACAGCAGGCUGGAUCUUCUCAUCCCUCACUGCUUUGCUGCCUACAGUUGGGAUCAGCAGCUACGGCAAAGUGAGUAUCUGCCUGCCCAUGGACGUGGAGUCUGUCGUGUCUCAGGUCUAUGUGGUGUCUCUUCUCCUCCUCAACAUCCUGGCCUUCGUCUGUGUGUGCGGCUGUUACCUCAGCAUCUACCUGGCCGUCCGCAACCCCUCGUCUGCGCCGCCGCACGCUGACACCCGCGUGGCCCAGCGCAUGGCCGUCCUCAUCUUCACCGACUUUGUCUGCAUGGCUCCCAUCUCCUUCUUUGCUGUGUCAGCCGCCCUCAAGCUCCCUCUCAUCACCGUCUCAGAUGCCAAACUCCUGUUGGUCCUCUUCUACCCGAUCAACUCGUGCGCCAACCCCUUCCUUUACACCUUCUUCACCCGCGCCUUCAGGCGGGAUUUCUUUUUCCUCACGGCUCGGUUUGGCCUGUUUAAAACUCGGGCGCAGAUUUACCGGACGGAGACUUCCUCCUGUCAGCAGCCGGCAUGGACCUCUCCAAAGAGCAGCCAUGUGAUGCUGUACCCUGUGACCAAUACAUCAAGUCAAGAUGGGAAACAAGACUGCUGACUCUCAUUGAGAAAACACAGGUACAGACCUUUUGCUUGUUUUCUCAACAGGAGGGUCGUCUUUCUCUCCACACAGAAGUCCAAUUUCUCCCAGGCAAAUAAAGAAAAUUCCCCUUAGGUCUCCUGGAGAUGUUGACAGAACGUAUGAACGCCUCUUAAAGUUACGAGAGAUUCAACUUUGUGUAAAGUAUACCAUACAGGAAUUGUCGGUUACCAACCCCAGAUUCGCUCUUGUUUGCUAUAUUCGCAGGGUUUUUUUCAACACUGUAUCCGCAAUUUUCGUAGCUUUGUCCUGAAAGUGUGCCACUUGUGGUCUGGCACCUGGUCGCUACCUUUUUAUAAAGUCCUGACCUCACCA